CCUCAACCUCGACUUUACCUUAUGGAAUAAUUCAGCACGACCAUACUUUAGUCAUUCGCUAACAUGGCUUUCAAGUUCUCUUUAGGCACCGCAAAGGCCACCAAGGCGCAAUUGAAUGCGAAAGCCAAGGAAGAAGAGGAAGCGAAACAGCGCGAGGAGAAGAAUGCGCUCGACAAGGUUAUGGCCGAUUUCGAGGCGGAGCAUGGCGCAGAGAGGAGCAUAUUGGGGGAGCCUGAGAAGCAGGAAGCGGAAGAUGUCUUUGUGCCAACAGGGAGUAAGAGACACUUUACAGGCAGACAGCGAACGAUGAAGAGCGGUCCUGGCACCCUCGAAACCGAACCUCUCGAUGAUUAUCAAAGACCUGGCGCAGCGCCAGGGCGUCUCGCACCACAAAUGCAGUCACGAUUCGGAGGAAAUGCACCCUCAGGUCCCGCGUCACUCGAGGGCCCCAAGCAGCCAGAAAACGUUUACACGACCGUCGUAGCGAAAGCCUCAAACCUCCCACCCUCGAUAGAUACGCGUCGCGUAGAAGAGCUCUUCGCGGACUUCCCGUCGCUCAAAAUUACCCGUGUCGAGAAGAUACCACCGCAAGGCCCAUCGCCAAAGGGCAGACCAUCAGCGACGAUGAAGGUCAUUUUCGACAAAGAUGCCAGCGCGCGAGACCUUGACGAUGCAAUGAACAAGCUCAACGAUAAGAAGUACUUGGGCAAGGGCUAUUAUCUACAUUUGGACAGAUACCUGGGCGGUCGUUCAGUGGAAACAGCGCAGCGGACAGAGGCAUUUGGUGCGCGGUGGCAGGCGCCUGAACUACCCAAGGGCUUUGCACCUCCGCCAGAUCUCGGCGGGGGAGGUGGAGGUGGCAGAGACAGGCCGCGCGAGGAUACUGAACAGCUCAUCGUCACCGCAAACCAGCCUCCCGAUGUCGCUACACUCAAACUGGUGCAUCAGACCAUAGAAGGUGUUAUACUUGGAGGCGUGGAAUUUGAAGCUGCCUUGAUGAACGACCCCCAAGUCCAAGACGAGGAACGGUUCGCUUGGCUAUACGACCAGAAGCACCCGGUCAACCGGUAUUAUCGUUGGCGCUUACAUCAGAUCGUCUGCGAUAGUCCCAAUCCCGAGAUCUUUGAGCGGCAUGGCGAUUGGCGAGGCCCGCAGGAUCCACUUCCCCACGAGUUUGCCGACCAUCUAGGAGCUUUUGAGUCCGACGACGAGAGCUUGGAUAGCGACGAUGAGGAAGAGAAGGAGAAGCCGCAGUACAAGCCUCUGCCAGUUGGCGACAACUAUCCUGGACGAGUCGACAACGGUCAUGGCAUUAUGGACCCUAGGUCACGAGCAAUGCUUCUAUGGAUGCUCACCACCGUUCCUCCUGGUAGCAUCGUUGCUGAUGAUAUCGCUGCUAUAUCGAACUUUGCUGUUGAACAUGCCGGUCAAGGCAUGGAUGAGGUCACUAGCAUACUGGUGUCCAAUAUUAUACAGCCUUUUCAGCUUACUGAUGCAAACACGAGGAACCGUGCAAGCGAUGCGGAAGGUAAAGACGAUCUUCGGCGCCCUGAUCUCCGGCAGGUAACGCUAAACGCUCUGCGCAUCAUCUCUGAUGUGCUCUUCGUCACGGCUAAAGAGUCAGGAGUCUCGUACAAGUAUCGUCUAGCUAUUGGUACGGAGCUUGUGGAUCGUAAGGUCUUCGAACACCUUGAACAAAUCCCUGCCAAGCUCGAGAUGGGUCGCAUGACAGAGAGGAGCUUUCGGGAAGAAGUCAACACUAUACUCAAAGUCUGGGAGGAGGAGCAUUUGUUCGAUGACGCAACACUGAAACAUCUCGACGAGGCUUUCAAUGCGCGGGAGAGACAAAAGCAAGAAGAGGAGGAGGCGAGACGGUUAGCAGAGAGAAGGAAACGCAAGGGCAAUGUGGUCCGCAAGAUACCGACUUCUGAGGCAACUGAAGAGGCUGAACAGGCGAUGGAUGUUGACGAGGCUGCGGACGAUGCGACCGUCGAGCCUGAACAAACGUCUGCGACAGCGACUCCAGAGGUGUCUGUAGCUGAAUCCGUCGCGCCUACAGAUCCACCCAAAGCAGCCGACCCCAAAGAAGUUGAGAUACCUGGAGAGACGGCUGUCGCCAGAGCUCGCCGGUUGAGGCCCAAGGCAGAAGACAUGUUUGCGCUGGACGAGGAGGACUAAGCAAGUGAUAGAACUACAGAUGAUACCCUAGACAAGAAGUGGAGUCGGACCAGCUCAUCAACGCCGCCGGCAAGCAAAGAGCGGUGAUGAAAGAAUCAGACCUCAACUACUGUUCUCGAUGCCCCACUAUUACUAACGAUAUGGACGAUGAAAAUUCCACACUCAAGGUACAUGAGCAAGAUCACCGGCUUCCUAGAAUUCC